UUAGGCUGAUUAUUAUUUUUCCUUCUUUCAAUCAAAUUGACUGUAACCCCGUGGUCGGCCUGGUAGUUUAUCCAGCCAGAAGUUACUAGUAUGGUAUUAGGAACAUGUUUGUCCUGCUGAUGCUGUGCCAUUCAAGUUCUUGAUAAUCAGCCUCCUCACUGCUUACACUACUUUACUUUUAACACACUAUCAUGGAUGUGAAUGACCAUCAAUAUUGUCUUGCAGAGCUAUAGAUAUGUUUUUUACUUUUCCAGAAACAAAAUCUCAGCCUCCUAACGACCUAGCAAGACAUGGCAUCACUGCUGUUGGAAGCUCAUUUUUGGACUCACAGUGAAGAUGUUAUCAUCCAUCCUGAUGAUGUUGGUGCAUACAAGUUCCACGAGCGGGCCGAGAGCUCUGCUCUGGUGGCCGCCCACCAGCGGGUAAAGGAGCUUUACGCCGACAGCCGCGGCAUCGCCAGCCGACUCACCAAUAAGCGGCGCGUCCGCCACCGCGAUACAUUCAAACAGCUCGAGGAGCUGCUGGACCAACAGAAGCUGUGCUACCAGAGCUGGCACCAUCUGAACCUGCUGCUGCUGCUGUUUGACUCGGGAACGCUGGUCACGCUGUGGAUUAACUUCCAGACUGGGAACGUGGACAAACUGAUCAUCGACAAGACGCUGGUCGGCAAAAUGGGCUCCGACCAGGUGGUCAGCGCGGCGCUGACGGAACAGCACCUCCUGGUCACGCACCCGGAGAACCGAGUCACGCUGGUCACCCUGAGCCGGCCGGUGGUGUGGGAGCAGUGGGGUCGGCUGGCCGCCCUGGAGCCGCGCACGGCCGUCUGGGAGCUGCCCGGCCCGUCCACUAGACGGACGGAGCGCCGGCUCAGUCUGCCGCCCGCCGCCGGAGGCCAGCAGAGCGCGCCGGUGGUGGCCGUCUGGUGGAGCGCCUCCGUGGGCGAGAUCCAGCCGUGGACGCCGUCGGGCCGCGACCAGGACCGAGCCAACGUGCUGGUGUACCGACUGGGCAGUGGCGGCGGCGGCCAGCCGGCCGGCGGGCCCGGCUCCGCCGCCGAGCCGCCCCCACCCGCGGGCUGGCCGGACGGACCGCGACUGGAGCUGCUCAGCUACUGUAAGACGCACCACGACCCGCUGCUGGUUCAGUUCAGUCUGCUGCGGCCCGACACACUGUAUACCGUGGAACAGAGCGUCACUAGCACGGGUGAGGUGCUGGUGGAACAUGGCACCUAUGACGUCACCUCAGCCGUCUGCCAGCAGCUGUCUGCCAUCACCAUACCGCUGACGUCAGAGGUGCUGUGCGCGGCCAUCUCGCCCGACGAGCGCCGCCUGCUGCUGGGCUGUGCGGACGGGUCGCUGCUGCUGCACAACUGCGCCAGACAGAUGACACACAUGGUCAAAAUACAGAUGACGCCGCGCCGGGCCGCCUGGCACCCGCACAGCACGCUGGCGUUUGUCAGCAGCGAGACGGGCCAGCUGCGCUGCUACGACCUGGCUCUGAAUCCGCUGCAGCUGCAGCUGGCGGGCGGCGGCGCCGGGCGCGGGGGCACCGCGGCGCAGGCGGCGCCGGCCGCAGGGCUGGGACUCGGACAGUACUUCAGGUUCAAGCCGCGGGUGAGCCGGCUGCUCUCCUGUCCAGAGGUGAUGUCCCAGGAGGGACACGUGCUCCAGUCGCUGCUGGUCACGUUCGUCAACGGCCCGCUGGCGCUGCUCUGUAUCCAGGCCAGCCGCCCCAACAAGGGCCGCGUCUACCCCAGUGACGUCAUCGCCGAGUUUGUGACGGCCGGCCGGCUGGACGCCGCUAUCAACCUGCUGACCUCGCUCAACUGGGAACAGCAGGGAGACGAGGCGCUGGCCGGACUCUACAUGGUGACCGGGUACCUGCUGAAACGGCCGCUCACUCCGGCAGCCGAGGCCCAGUUGGAGGCGGCGCUGGGCAGCUACCUGGCGCCGGUGCGGCCCCUCUCCGAGCCCGUACAGAACAUGUACGGAGACCGGGUGAGGAACAUCACACGGAGAUUCUUCCAUCACCUCAUCAGACACCGCUGUCUGGAGAAGGCCUACCGCUUGGCGCUGGAUCUGCGCGACCACGACCUGUUCAUGGACCUGCACCGGGCCGCGCUCAGACACGACCAGAGGCACCUGGCCGCCGCCGCGCUCGAGAAGGCCGAACAGAUCGACGAGGAGGCCUCGGUCACUUCAGGCUCCGAGAGCGGCGACUCCACCUCGUGUUCAUCCGACUGCAGCUCCUCGUGGCACAGCGGUCCGGAGGGGGACCGCGGACCGGACCACGGACCGGACCACGGGGACCAGAAGGACCACAGAGACCGCGAGGGCCGCGGGGACAGUGAGCUGGAGGAGGAGGAGGGUCCCGAUGAUCUGCUGGUGGAGGGAGACGGAGACGGGGCGCUGGCGGCUCAGAUGCGGGCGGCGCGUCUGCUGCAGCCGGUGCUGGGCCGGCCGCCGCUCCCGCGGCUCACCCGCGCUGCGCCGGCCGCCGCCGAGACGGGCCGCCGCUCUCCGGGCGAGGAGCCGGCGCCCGUGCCGCCGCCGCUGCCGCCGCGGCCCUCCUGGGCGCGCCAGCCCAGCCGGGAGUCGGACGGGCCGCCGCAGCUGCCGCCGCGGCCGCCCGGCCUGACGGCGCACGGUCCGCCGGCCCGGUGGGCGGGCCCGCCGCCGCAGCGGCUGGUACUGGCACCGCCGCAGCCCCUGCCGCGCACCAAGCCACCAGUGCCGGACGACGAUGCAGCUUUUGUGAUCCACUUUGUCUGACCUGGCUGAGGUCUGGACGUCGGGUCAACAGCGGUCUGGGCGUGUACCGAACUGAUACCGUGUUUCCCAGUGCUGGGACCAAGUGUUGUGUUAUUGGGCUCAAAGCCGUUGAGAGGCAUGCGAGGCGACCGUUUUGACGGUCGGCCUAUCGUGAUUCAAACCGUUACUGUGAUACGUAUUCCGUCCAUUUUUGCUUAGGUGACUGGUGGUGUUAGCUGCUUACGUUGGUACCGCUAGGGUGCCAACUCAAACUGCCUGAUCUCGUGAUGCCAUUGAACUGUGCGGGUUGGGGCGAAUGCAAUAAACGCUGUGCCAAACACUUA